AUGCAUAAAGCGUCCGUGUUGACAAAUGUAAAUAAACAGCAAAUACAGCAGAGCACGCAAUCUAUAUUCUCCUCCUUCACCAUAACGUCGUCGCUGUUCCUUCAAGAAUCAAGAAUCCAUUUUUUGGUUCUUUACAGAGAGAAAGAGGGAGAAAUGGGGAGAGAAAAAGUACAUGCACUGUUGUUGGAGGAUCUGGUAGAGAAGUCCGGCGGUUGCGCCGUCUUGGAUGGUGGUUUCGCCACCCAACUUGAGAAACACGGUGCCUCCAUUAAUGACCCUCUUUGGAGUGCUCUUUGUCUAAUCAAAGAACCCGAUCUCAUCAAAAGGGUUCAUUUGGAGUACUUGGAAGCUGGUGCAGACAUAUUAGUAACUUCAUCUUAUCAAGCCACCCUUCCAGGAUUUCUGUCCAAAGGGCUGUCGGUUGAAGAAGCAGAGUCACUGCUUGAGAAAAGUGUCACAAUUGCAGUCGAAGCCCGGGAUGAAUUCUGGGCAGCAAUGAAAAGGAGCUCAGGUCAUAAUUACAACAAGUCUCUGGUUGCAGCGUCCAUUGGAAGCUACGGUGCAUAUCUUGCGGAUGGUUCCGAAUAUAGUGGGAAUUAUGGACCGAACGUAACUAUAGAGAAGUUGAAGGAUUUUCAUCGGCGCAGAUUGCAAGUUCUUGUGGAAGCAGGGCCAGAUUUGCUUGCAUUUGAGACCAUUCCAAACAAACUGGAGGCUCGGGCUUGUGUGGAGUUGCUUGACGAAGAAAACAUUGAGAUUCCAUCUUGGAUCUGUUUCAGCUCUGUAGAUGGUGAGAAUGCACCCUCAGGAGAAAGCUUUAGAGAAUGCCUUGACAUAAUAAACAAGAGUACCAAAGUUGGUGCAGUUGGAAUAAAUUGUGCACCACCCCAUUUUAUAUUAAGUCUCAUACAGAGAUUCAAAGAGUUAACUGAUAAGGCAAUAGUUGUGUAUCCCAACAGUGGUGAAAUAUGGGAUGGCACUGCUAAAAGAUGGCUGCCAUCAAAAUGUUUUGAUGAUGCAAAGUUUGUGCAAUUUGCCCCAAAAUGGAGAGAUGCCGGAGCAAAACUCAUUGGUGGCUGCUGUCGAACUACUCCUUCCACAGUUCGAUCGAUUUCAAAAGUUCUGAAGGCCAGAAAAUCUGUUUCCAACAUUAGGCAAAUUGCUUAGUUUCACUUCAUAAUAAUUUAUCACUCUAUUUAGAUUUUAUUUCUUGAGAUAGAGAGGUGGAAAAAGUGGUUGAUUCCCAGCUGGAACUUAUACCAUCAGGCCUUUUGUUAGCUUUUAAUGAAGUGGAAAUGGUCGACUCCCACACGGUUUAAAUUAAUCUGUAAUUGCGAGUCAAGGCCGUGUCUGCUCUGAUAUUAUCAAUUUCAAUUAAUUUGUAUUCGGAGUAGAUAGUCGAGGUCGUUUAAUUUAUGAAUCAAAUUACUUUUUGCGGAUUA